UCCAACCAAAACUCUCUAAUCUUCCAUAACCAUAACCUAUAUAUCGUUGCAGGCAACAAGAAACCAGAGUUUUCAUGCUACAUCACGCUUCAUGUCUUACGGACUCCCUUUCUGCUCAAUAAUGUCAUACAAUUGUUGUUUUGGUGACAAUUAGGCCAUACAUAUAGUCACCAUGACAACAUUGACAAGAACAACAGCUCUAGGUGGUUUGGGGGAGACAAUAAGUGCUUACCACAGUAGGUGCUUCUUCUGCCGGCAUUUUCCAUUUUUAAACGUACUCGAGAGUGCAGAGGGAGCAAGUACAGUAUGGAGGCAAGGAGUCAAUUCAGCUCCGGCAUUCUGCUCCCGAAGUGCAAUCCAAAGUCCUCGAGCUAUUGCAUCUGAAAUCUCCACCACAGAACGAAAGGUUGCAACCACUCUCACUUAUCAAGAAAAAAUGCUCAAAAACUAUGUGCCGAUCUUCGUGAUGCUCCCUUUGGGAGUUGUUACGGUUGACAAUGUUUUGGAAGACGGGGACAAACUCGUUAAGGAUCUGAAGGAGUUACGGGCAGCGGGUGUUGAUGGGGUCAUGAUAGAUGUGUGGUGGGGGAUCAUAGAAUCAAAGGGGCCUAAGCAGUAUGACUGGAGUGCUUACAGGAGCGUGUUUCAAGCAGUUCAAGAUUGUGGGCUGAAAUUACAAGCUAUAAUGUCAUUCCACCAAUGUGGUGGGAAUGUAGGAGAUGUUGUAACCAUCCCCAUUCCCAAAUGGGUGCUUGAGAUCGGAGAAUCAGACCCUGAUAUCUUUUAUACCAAUCUCAAAGGUAAUAGGAACCCGGAAUACCUCACUCUAGGUGUGGAUAACCUGCAUCUCUUUGAUGGACGAACUGCUGUGCAGAUAUACAGUGAUUACAUGAAAAGUUUCAGAGAGAACAUGUCGGAUUUUCUAGAAACUGGACUUAUUAUAGACAUUGAAGUAGGGCUUGGACCGGCAGGAGAGCUCAGGUAUCCCUCUUAUCCGGAAAGUCAAGGGUGGGCUUUUCCAGGGAUGGGAGAAUUUCAGUGCUAUGACAAGUAUCUCCAAGCAGAGUUCAAAGAGGCUGCAACAGCUGCGGGUCAUCCUGAAUGGGCUUUGCCAGAUAACGCCGGAGAAUAUAAUGACACUCCUGAAUCCUCAGAGUUCUUCAGAUCAAAUGGGACAUAUGUUACUGAGAAAGGGAAGUUCUUCUUGACUUGGUACUCUAACAAAUUACUGAUCCAUGGUGAUCAGAUCCUGGAUGAAGCCAACAAAGUUUUUGUGGGCUGUAAAUUAAAGCUAGCAGCCAAAGUAUCUGGAAUCCACUGGUGGUAUGAAGUUGAUAAUCACGCCGCGGAGCUUACCGCAGGAUACUACAACUUGAAAGAUAGAGAUGGGUACCGACCUAUAGCCAGGAUGCUGUCAAGGCAUCAUGCCAUUUUGAAUUUCACAUGUUUAGAGAUGAGGAACUCUGAACAAAGUGCUGAUGCCAAAAGUGCGCCUGAGGAACUUGUUCAGCAGGUUUUGAGUGGAGGUUGGAGAGAAAACAUAGAAGUUGCCGGAGAAAAUGCACUUUCUAGAUACGACAGUGUGGCUUAUGACCAAAUCCUUCUAAAUGCUAGACCAAAUGGCAUCAAUAAAGACGGCCAACCAAAAUUAAGGAUGUAUGGGGUGACAUACCUUCGUUUGUCUGAUGAACUACUACAAAAGACGAAUCUUGAUAUAUUCAAGAUAUUUGUAAAGAAGAUGCAUGCUGAUCAGGAUUACUGUCCAGACCCAGAGAAGUACAAUCACCACCUAGGUCCUUUGGAGAGGUCGAAACCAGAGAUUUCGAUUGAAGAUCUUCUGGAAGCAACCAAAGCAGAGGAGCCAUUCCCAUGGGAUAAAGAAACAGAUAUGAGUGUCAAUGAUGGAGCUGGUGGACUUGUUGGCCUACUUUCUAAGUUGAUAAGCAAAAUCUUAGCUCUAUUUAAGUGAUACAACAGCAAGGCUGGGAGAAAAGCAACCUAUAAAUUGGCAUGGGGUGGCAAACUGGCAAUGUGAAAACAAUUUGAGAUGUUUUCUGUUUGAAUAAAAGAAUCUGUAUUUCCCAUA